AUGAAUGCGGUCAUCCCGUUCAGCGGCGAGGGACGGAAACUAACCAAUGAUACUCGCUGUAAACUUCGGGCCCCGGUCGCCGAGUUGAUCGCCAAGGUUUUCAACGAGGACUUUUUGCGGGACCGCAUGAAGGAAUUGAGGAUAGACCCAGACAAAAUUAACGGCACUCACACGAUCAUGGGGCGCAUUGAGCGGGCGUUUGAGGUGCUGGACCUGAUUCGGGAUGCAGUGAUCCAGGAACAAACCAAGGAACGCCGAGCCAUUUUGGCGAAGAGCAUGGCGGCUUUCUAUGAACUUAUACCGCAUCACGAUCCGGUUGAGUUGAACACGGAAGAGUUAGUUGAG